AUGAAGUGGUCGAUUCUCAGUUUGUUGGCCUCGACUGCUCUGGCGGCCACUCCGGCGCAAUGGCGCUCGCAGUCCAUCUACUUCUUGUUGACCGAUCGCUUUGCCCGCGACGAUGGCUCAACCACAGCUGCUUGUGAUACCGAGGAUAGGAAAUACUGUGGUGGUACCUGGCAGGGCAUCAUCGACCAGCUGGACUACAUCCAGGGCAUGGGCUUCACGGCCAUCUGGAUCACUCCAGUGACAGCCCAGUUGACCGAGGACACCAAGUACGGCGAUGCCUAUCAUGGCUACUGGCAGCAGGAUAUAUACUCGCUGAACGAGAAUUACGGCACCGCCGACGACCUUAAGGCUCUGGCCGACGCUCUGCACAAGCGCGACAUGUAUCUCAUGGUCGACGUGGUAGCGAACCACAUGGGCUACGCGGGUGCCGGAGACUCGGUCGACUAUAGUGUUUUCAACCCCUUCAACUCCCAGGACUACUUCCACUCCUUCUGUCUAAUCCAAGACUACAAUGAUCAGACACAGUCAGAGGACUGUUGGCUGGGCGACAAUUCUGUUUCCUUACCGGAUCUCGACACCACCAAGUCCGAAGUCCAGGAUAUCUGGUACGACUGGGUGGGAGGCCUUGUGUCCAACUACUCCAUCGAUGGUCUGCGAAUCGACACCGUCAAGCACGUCCAGAAGGACUUCUGGCCCGGCUACAACGACGCCGCGGGCGUGUACUGCAUCGGAGAGAUCCUCGACGGAGACACCUCCUACACCUGCCCCUACCAGGAGGUCCUCGACGGUGUACUUAACUACCCGAUCUACUACCCGCUGCUCAACGCCUUUAAAUCCACCAGCGGCAGCAUCAGCGACCUCUACAACAUGAUCAACACGGUCAAGUCCGACUGUCCGGAUUCCACUCUCAUGGGGACCUUCAUUGAGAACCACGACAAUCCCCGAUUCGCCUCCUACACCGACGAUAUCGCGCUGGCCAAGAACGUCGCCGCCUUCACCAUCCUGGCAGACGGGAUCCCGAUCAUCUAUGCCGGUCAAGAACAGCAUUACGCUGGCGGAGAAGACCCCGCUAACCGCGAGGCGACCUGGCUGGGCAAGUAUAACACCGACAGUGAGCUGUAUAAGUUGAUUGCGGCGUCGAAUGCCAUCCGUAACCAUGCGAUCAGCACUGAUAAGGAAUAUGUGAACUACCAGAACAACCCUAUUUACAAAGACGACUCCACCAUCGCUAUGCGCAAGGGCUUCGACGGCGCGCAGAUCAUCACCGUCCUGUCAAACCAAGGCUCCUCCGGAUCUUCGUAUACCUUGUCGCUUGGUGACACUGGAUUCUCGUCUGGAGAUAAGGUCACCGAGAUCUACACCUGCACCGCCUUGACGGUGGAUUCGGACGGAAAGGUCCCCGUGCCGAUGGAUGGCGGAGCGCCCCGCGCGCUGUUCCCGACUGAGAAGUUGAGCGGAAGUAGCCUGUGCAGUGAAUCGGAUUGA